AUGGCUGAUGAUCAUUCGGAUAGUUCACUAACAUCGAUCGAUGACGAGCGGACGGACAAUACGGAAAAUCUGUGCGAAAACCCAACCCGCGACAUCCUGACCGAGGGCUUCUUUCGCCUUUUCAAGCCGGUCAUCGACGAUCUGGAGAACAAUAUUCGUGGCGCAAGCAAAACACAGAGUGAGCUGCGUCAGCAGUUGGAAGAAUUGUCCGGUGAGAUGAAGAAUCUAAACUUCGAGAACGAUCCCGUAUUGCACGAAUAUUUCAAACGUAUGGUGCGCGUCAAGCAGAAGGUUGUUGUGAUCAUGAACAUUCUGCAGGGUGCACAGGAAAGGCUCGUGAUGUUGUGCCAGCAGCAGGAACUUCAAGCACCCGUCGUACCCAGCUCGUGA